AUGCACACAUCAAGCAUCCUCGCAACCCUCCUCCCCGCCGCAGGCGUUCUCGCCCAAUACGGCUACGGCGCAGAAAGUUCCUCCACAGACACCGCCGCCACCGCCUCCUCCUCGUCUUCAAGCAGCAUCGCCGGCGUCCACGUCGUCAAGGUCGGCGACGGCGGCCUCACCUUUGAGCCCAACAGCAUCACCGCCGCCGUCGGCGAAGUCGUCGAGUUCCACUUCUACCCGCGCGCCCACUCCGUCGCCCAGUCCGCCUUUGACUCGCCCUGCCAGCCGCUGGCCAACGGGUCCACGACGGGCUUCUUCAGCGGUCCCGUGCCGGUUUCGUCUGGUGUCGGGGCCGAGGUGUUCACGCUCGAGGUCAAGGAUACGAAUCCAAAGUGGUUUUACUGCGCGACGGGACAGCAUUGCCAGGGUGGCAUGGUUGGUGUCAUCAAUGCUCCUGCCAAUGGUCAACGUACCAUUGAGAAAUAUGCCCAGGCCGCUGCCGUUGCGAAGUCCAACGUCGCUCCCAGCAAGACUGGCGGCGGCACCCUCGGCUCCGCUGCCACUGGUAGCCCCAGCUCCGCCUCGAGCACCCCCUCUGCCUCGUCGUCUUCGCAACCUAGUGCGGGUAUCGAGGCACGCGGCGACGUCAGGUGGGGUUUGCUUAGCUUGGGCAUGGCUGCCGCUGGUGUCGUCGGUGGACUUCUCAUCUAA